AUGCAGGACCUCCGGUACUGGGUGGCCGCCACGGACCGGCCGGACAACGUGCACGGCAUCAUGAAUGCGUUCUACAAGCUCUGGCUCGAGCUCUUCCGGCACGACGACGCUGCGCUCAGACUGCGCGGCCGCGACGUGCUGCUCGAAGAGCUCACGACGUACGGCAACGAGAUUCGCAUGUAUGGCAACCACACGUGCCAUUGGUUCAAGCCAACGACCAAGUAA